AUGGCAGAUGUCACCAUUGUUACAUUGUGUAUAUUUUCCUGUGUUCUCCUGUUUUUAUCUGCUCCUGUUUUUCAACCAACAGCCCGAAUCACCAAGAUUUUCAUCAGCCAUCUCCACGGUGACCACAUGUUUGGGCUCCCGGGGCUGCUGUGCACGCUGAGCCUGCAGAACAGCGCUGAGAGCAGCAAAGCGCCYGUGGAUAUCUACGGGCCGCUGGGGCUGCGCAGCUUCCUCAGCAGGAGCCUGCAGCUCUCGCACUCGCAGCUGCUCUUCCCCUGCGCGGUGCACGAGCUGGUGCCCACGCCGGACCAGUGCCCUGCACAGGAGUUCAGGGAUUUCUCGGGCCUGGAUGAGGACAGGCUGCCUGAUCCAGAGCUCCCCGGGGGUGUGCUGCAGCCGGAGCCAGGGGAAGGCUCCUACCUGCUGCUGGAGGAUGAGCAGCUGGAGCUCAGGGCCUUCCGCCUGUUCCACCGCGUGCCCUCCUUUGGCUUCGUGCUGCAAGAGAAGCCCCGGCCCGGGAGACUCAAUGUGCACAAACUGAAAGACCUUGGWGUGCCGCCRGGCCCUUUGUACGGGAAGCUGAAGAGYGGAACGGCGAUUGUGCUGCCGAACGGGGUGACAGUUUCCCCGUGUGACGUGCUGGAGGCCCCCAUCGCUGGCAGGAAGGUCUGCGUUCUGGGCGACUGCUCGGGGGCYGUGGGGGCCGCGGCGGCGCGGCUCUGCUGCGGGGCGGACGUGCUGGUGCACGAGGCCACGCUGGACGAUGGCCAGCAGGACAAGGCCAGGGAGCACGGCCACAGCACGCCCAGCAUGGCUGCAGCCUUCGCCAAGCUGUGCCAGGCCAAGAGGCUGGUGCUGACCCACUUCAGCCAGCGCUACAAACCUGCCGCCCAGAGUGGGAACGGGGACCGGGACAACAACAUCACCGAGCUCAAGAGGCAGGCCGAGUCCGUGCUGGGCCAGGAGGUGACCCUGGCUGAGGACUUCAUGACCAUCGAGAUCCCCAUGAAAAAGUGAGACUGAGUCC